AUGGCUUCUCAUGGUGAUCUUGCAGAUCUGCUAGCUUCAGUGCUCCCAACCGGCGCUGAGCUGAUUGUCCGUCAUGUUUCUUCUACGCCAGCCCCUUCGGAUGCCCUUUUUGCCGCUGCGCCUGGACAUGACUCGGAACCAACUUUUUGUGAGAACCAUUUUUUAACAGCAUCCAUUGAGUCACCUCAGCAUGAUGGUGCCGAGAUACUCAUCUUUGGGAUGGAGGUCUUGAUCUACAACACGGCCCACCUAACAACGAUUUUCGUCUCCAAGGCUGACUCCACCGGACUGCUUCACCUAUUGGAACUGAAAGCGAAGGUCUCCGUGCUGAGAUUGGUCUCUGGCACCUUCUUAUCUUUUUUGGUUCGAUCUCAUCAGAGACCAGGGGUGAGGCUUGUGGUCUCUCUAUUUGCACGUGCUCAGGAUCAGUAUCUCUUCCCUGGCAGCAUUGAGAAUACUGAAAAGCAUGUUCUCGAUGACCGCGGCUUGAUCAAAUGGUGGUGUCGCGCGGUAGACCCGAUACUCCGGGAGAACGGCGCCGAGUCGGUCUCCCCAGGUUCAGACAUUAAGACCUCCGUUGAGGCCGCCAAGGCCUCAGCUACGGCCUAUUUGAUAGUUCCUGGGUGCGAUCGCUUCGAAACACGCAGUUUCUUCCCAGCAUCAACCAAGACCGACUCGGCAAAUCAGCCGCGGUGGCUCACUGGCUAUCCUCUCCAGCAAAUGUGCCGUGAUCCAUCUGCUCCACCACGCUGUCUGGUGCCUCGAUUUCCUGACGAUCCCAAGACACGAUUCCUGACAGAUCUUGACGAUGAGCUACCCGACUCUGCCAACGAUCAAGCUGAAUCGGCGGAUGCUGGGCAUUGGAAGAGUAUCAAAUCUCUUGACCAGUUUUGGGAAAUGAUGGCAUUCCGUCAAGAGUGUUCCGCAGGCCGACUGGUUGGCUUCCUUUGGAUUGUUGUCAAUCCCCCAGGACUUUUGAAUUCUACAACUAUGGCCAGCCGAGCGGCACAAGGAUCCAGUCUCAGCUCAGCUGCUUCUGGCAAGCAGGCUUGCAAUGACGAACCCGCCGUGUCUGCUGGAGAUAAGUCGCUGGUACGCGAUCAGGUAUCAGCAGAUCCCCAAAAUUCGACAAGGCUCAGCGAGGAUGAGGCAGGUAACGACAGGAAAGACUCUCAUGUUGCCAGGGUGGAUGUAUCAAAGAACCCUUCCACUACGCCGUCGACACUACCCUCGUCGUCAGAAAGCGUUCCAUUCCAUUGGCCGGAAGCAGGCCGUGGAGAGGUCGUGCUGCAUGAAGCGGAUUACAAGAAAAUGAUGGAUGGAGUGCUAGAUCAGUUCUAUGACUCUGAUGAGGUCAUAGCAAGCACAAAAUCUUACAUUGAACAAGUAGCCUCGCUUGCAGAUCAAUUGACCUGGGGCAAGCGUGUUACAGGAACAUGCAGUCCUCGAGCCCAAGACACGGUCUCCGCGACUGCCCAAAACCUCCUCGGUGGGGAGUUUAUUCGCAAAAGAAAGAAGUCAGAACACGAGAUGGACGGAAAAGACGAUGACGAAGCAAAUGCCACGGAACAGUCUCAUACCACUGCAGCCAGCUUGAAGACGGACCAGCCAAGUGCUGUCAAUGUCCUCAGUGCAGGCCUGGUGCGGAAGAAGAAGAAGGCAUUACCAUAA